AUGUCCAUCCUGGGUUUAAAGAAGAAACAGCCCAAGACUUUCAAAGUCAAAGUUAUCACCAUGGACGCUGAGAUGGAGUUCAGCUGUGAGGUGAAGUGGAAAGGUAAAGACUUGUUCGACCUGGUGUGUCGCACUGUUGGUUUGAGGGAGACCUGGUUCUUUGGUCUCAGGUACACAGUAAAGGACACAUACGCCUGGCUGAAACCAGACAAACGGGUCUUGGACCAGGAGGUUCCCAAGGACUCUCCCAUAACAUUUAAUUUCCUCGCCAAAUUCUUCCCUGAAAAAGUAGAAGAGGAACUGGUCCAGGAAAUUACUCAGCACCUCUUCUUCUUACAGGUGAAAAAACAGAUACUAGAUGAAGAGAUAUUCUGUUCCCCUGAAGCAUCGGUACUCCUGGCAUCAUACGCUGUCCAAGCCAAGUACGGUGACUAUGACCCAAACUUUCACAAGCCAGGCUUCCUGGCACAUGAUGAGCUUCUGCCAAAAAUGGUUCUGAUGCAAUAUCAAAUGACAGCUGACAUGUGGGAGGAGAAGAUCACAGCUUGGUACGCGGAGCACAGAGGCAUCGCCAGGGAUGAGGCAGAGAUGGAAUACCUAAAGAUUGCUCAGGACCUUGAGAUGUAUGGUGUCAGCUACUUUGCCAUCACUCAAAAUAAAAGGGACACAGACCUGUUACUUGGAGUGGAUGCUCAGGGUCUUCACAUCUACAGCCCCAACAGCAAACUCACUCCUAACAGGUCCUUUCCUUGGAGCGACAUCCGCAACAUCUCUUACAGUGAAAAGGAGUUCACAAUCAAACCCCUGGACAAAAAGAAAGAUGUCUUCAAGUUCUACUCAUCUCAACUACGUGUGAACAAGCUGAUCCUACAGCUGUGCAUCGGUAACCAUGAUCUAUUCAUGAGGAGAAGGAAGGUGGACUCUAUUGAAGUGCAGCAGAUGAAGGCUCAAGCUAAAGAGGAGAAGGCCCGAAAGAAGAUGGAGCGUCAGAUCCUGGCACGGGAAAAACAGAUGAGGGAGGAAGCAGAACGUGCAAAAGAGGAGAUGGAACGAAGACUUUUCCAGCUACAAGACGAAGCCCGACUUGCCAAUGAGGCACUGCUGCGAUCUGAGGAGACCGCAGACCUGUUGGCAGAGAAGGCCCAGAUUGCUGAAGAGGAGGCGAAGCUCUUGUCCCACAAGGCUGCAGAGGCUGAGCAGGAGAGACAGAGGUUAGAGGUCACCGCUAUGAAGACCAAGGAGGAGAAGAGACUGAUGGAGCAGAAGAUGAGGGAGGCAGAGCAGCUGGCUGUCAAACUGGUGGAGCAGUCCGAGAGGAGGUUGAAGGAGGCAGAUCAUCUGAAACAGGACCUGACGGAGGCGAAGGACGCUGAGCGGAGAGCCAAGCAGAAGCUGUUGGACAUCACCAAAACAACUUACCCUCUCAUAGCAGCGUACUCUGCUCCGCCUGCCCCUCCCGAAGCAGCCGACUUUGCCUAUGAGUCAGCAUCCACACGUCUCGACUUCAAGGACUCUGACAUGAAACGUCUGUCCAUGGAGAUUGAGAGAGAGAGGCUGGAGUAUAUGGAGAAGAGUAAACACCUGCAGGAUCAGCUGAAGGAGCUAAAGACAGAGAUUGAGUCUCUGAAGCUGGAGGAGCAGCAGCAGCAGGCCGGACUCUACAGCCUCCAGAGUGAGGCGAGGGGAUACGUUCAGGAGCCUGUCUACAUACCUCACAGCAACAGAAACUCUGCGUACAUGUCUCAGAUGGCCUACUUUGAAGAAGUCUGAUCCUAAUCCUGCAAGAUGACGACGGACGAGGACACCAGCUGAUGUGAUCCACUAUAUUCUUAGGUCAUUUUUUUACCUGGCUGAAACUAACAGACACAAACAUACAUACACCUUGACUAUGUGUUUCUGAAAGACUAAAUCCUCAACAACAAACAGUUUGUCUGCCUGCACAGGCUGCCACGCUCGGUUGUUACCACCUGAUACACUACGGCACCUUUAAUAUUUCUUUCAUAUGUAAAACACACAACAAUGUGAGCCAUGUAUCUCACACUGAUUCAGUAUUUGGUGCUGAGGAUGGAUGUGUGAGUGGGUUUUUAUUUGAUGAUGUUUUUUGUGUGGUUUUAAGGGAUAAUCAGAUAUAGACUCACGCCUUAAUGACACAUCAUACAUCAAUGCCUUAACAACACUAUGAGACAGGGAUUCAAAUGAUUUUAUGUUUUUUGUUCUUUUCAGAAACUGGCUUUACAUCCUUCAUCAGAUGUAAUUAAGUGAAUGAUCAUUUCAGGGUGGAGACAAUUUCAAAAAAGCAUCCUGAGGCUUUUGUGAAUACGUUAUAUUUUGGUCAUUUUCUUUCAAAACAGAAAAGUGUUUCUAAAACCCAAUUUUCUUUAUCUACCUAUAACAAGCCAUUGUUGAAGUGAUCUUUGAAAGCUAAAUACACAUUAAUUAGAAUGGCUGCCAAGGUAUCUGUCCUCGAAAUCAAGACCCAUGAUGCAUUUCCUCUGAAAUCAAAACGCCUUAUUUCACAAAUGUUCAAAAAAGUGUAAAUUAAAUUCCUGGAUGUGCCCCUUUGUCCUGAUCUACGUCAAACUUUAAACGGUACUUUAUUGACCCAUUUCACAUCCUUAUACCAAGUUUUGUGGAAAGGCGUUCUGUAGUUUCUACGUAAACUCGCUGUCAAUCCAACCAACAGACAAGUGGGCAGCAGUGAAAACAUAAAACUCCUUGGCGAAUGUAUAGAUAACUCAUAAUUAGUGAUUUGUUUUAUGUGAGCUUGUCCAGAUAUGUUCAGAGUGUGUUUGCAGGAACAGUGUCAAGAGGUGACGACUCCAUAAAAAUGUCAAAUUCAGUGUUUUGAUCUUUGAAUUAAAUAGUUUUUGCUGUUUCUGUCACAAAGGUCAUGAACGGCCUUUCUUGAAAACAGCACACAGGUGCCUUUUCUUUUGAAAGUUUCUAGUGCUUCAUCAUGGUAGUUAAGUGUUGUGUACAAUUACAAGCUUGAGCUCUGCCAUUUCAAGUUUUUAUUUUUUGUACUCUAGACUGUUGAUGUGCCUUGAACUUUAUUUUUUACGGUUGUGAUUUGAGGUUUUAUUUGAUAACUUGCUCUUGUGUCUCAGCAUUACGGUUUCUAUAAGUUUCAGAUUGACGGCCGCCUUCUUUUUUUUUCUCAGGGCUUGUGUUGGAGACAAUCACUGCAGAUAGAAUCUCAUUGUUUUCCCCUGAGAUUAACAGGAUGGUAUCCAUUAUUGUUUGACCUUUUUUUUUUUUUUAACAGGCUAUUUGAUUUAACUUGGAUAUCAGUGAUUUGCAUGUUCAAUAUUUCUGCCAGUAGAGUGUGUGUUUCGUUUCAUAAACAUGUGAGUAAACCUUUACUCUGCUAAACUCACUCAUCACAUUCUUAAAAAGGGAGCCGAGACUGACGUCGCUAUGGACUAAACAUUGAUCACUGAUUGGUUCAUUGUUGCCCUCAUGACGGGGUUACCAUUGAGUACGACUUCUGUUUUGUGUCAGAUUUUUUUUUCUUUUUUCAACACAAUGUGCUGCAGUUUGCAUCUUUAAACAUAUUUAUUUGUGCUAUAAAUCCUUAAAUAACAUCACAUGUGUUCUUGAGGUUCAUCAUUGUUGGGAACUCCAUUGUAAAUAAUGUUUGUUUUCUUUUUCUAUAAUGGAAUUCAAGUUGCAUCUGAAGAGAUGUUGUGCGUUGGGGGAUUAGGUUUAUUUUGAAGUGAUAAAAACAAUUAUGCAAGUUCAUAUGAUUUAUAACCUCAAGUUAUUUUGUCAUUUCAUAACAGCAGUGAUUGUACAUGUUUGUCUGUGUCGCUGAUGUUGUCCUGAUGUGAUUGUUGAUAUCUUCAGUUUGAUGAUUAUAAAAUCCUUCUUGCUUC